UUCUAUUUUUAACACUUCACUGUGUGGAUUUUUAUUUGUUAUUUUCUUCUCUUGAAUGUUGUCAGGGGUUACAACUUUCAAGUCUUCGAGGACACUUCCUAGUGACUGUUGGGACUAAUUCUGUUUUAUAUUGUUUUACACAUUUUUGAAAUCAUGGCAGACUUCCCAUCAAAGGUAACUACAGAGACCAGUAGCCCCAGCACCCAGAGCUCGCAUCAGGGGGGCAACAGUCUGAGGGGCCUGGCCACUCAGGUCAGCUCUGGCAUGGACAAUUCCUUUGUGAGGAGCAUCCCAGCCAUCCUCAUGAUCGCAGAAAUUGUUCUGGGGCUGCUGCACUGGGCUCUGAUUGCCAGCACUCCCUACAGAGACACGGCUGCGUAUGGCUGGGUCUUGUUUGUGGCCGUCACUUCAUGGCUGUUCACCCUCAUUCUAUUCUUCAUCAUUCUGUUCAGAGUGCAGAGAAACCUCUCAUCUGUACCCUGGACUCUUGUGGUAAUGGUUUAUUUUGCUGUGGUCACAGUGCUCUAUCUGACUGCUUUCAUCACAAAUGCAGCAUACGUGCCUUUUUUUUUUUACCAUGGACAUUUGGGAGCUGCAGCGUUUUUUGCAGUUGUGGUGACCAUAGCAUAUGGUGCGAGUACUUUCUUUGCCUAUUUGGACUGGAGGAGCGAUGGAGGAAAUGCUGCUACCAACACAGUGCCUACAUAGGAACCCAGAGAGAACAACUUGUGUUCUUCACGUCCAGUCCAUCCUUUCGUACCUGCCAGAGAUAUAAAUACACUUAUGUAUUUAUGACC